UUGCUCAAGGCAGGGUAGCAGCAGUGGCAGGGUGUGUAGCGGUUGGUCGGCUGUGUGUAAACAUGUGUAGAAUGAAGUGAUCAGCCUUUCCCUUGGUUUUUUAAGGCAUUAUGUCUUUAACUGGGCGAUCACACCCAGAUAAACGCAAUGAAGAGCCCUCUUCUACACCCAUAAUUAAGAAGGUGUCGUCUAGAAUCUUGCCGGGAGCUCUAAGCACAGCAAAUAAAGAUGCUGUUGAGUGGGGAUUCCAGUCUUUAUUAGCGUAUGGGUGUCACAACCAUGUUAUUAUUGUGGACACGAAAUUCAUGAAGGUGUUCCAGACGCUGUCGGGACACAAGCAUGAUGUUUCAAAAGUGCGGUGGGCCCGUGAAAUGUAUUACCACGACCUGGUAAACCCACACAGCCUGAAGUUAGCAACAGCAGACACAGCAGGGACUAUCCUGGUGUGGAACGUAUCACAGGCUACAGUGCGAAGUACUCUGAAUGAUACUGAGCGACCAGUAUUAGAACUAUGCUGGCUAACUGGUAGUGAUUCUAGUCACCAUCUGCUUGUGGUCCUUUAUUCUGCGGGUACUUUUGUGCUGUGGAACGCAGAUAAUGGAACAAAAAUAUGGAAGAAAGUCUAUACAGAAACACUGCUGUCAUUCUGCAUUGACCCAUUUUGCGAGAGCAAUAUAUCUUUUCUUGCACCUGACUGCAUUUUCUUUGUAAGCGACUUCAGCUCAUCUCAAGCUCCAGCUGGUAAUGGUAAAAAGUUGUACAUAUCAAAUCAGCCAUCCAGCAGCGGAAGCCAGCUGUCAUUAAACUCGCCAAAUACACCCACUGCUGAUGAAAAAUCGAAGCCCAAGAGUAGACUACUGAGCGGCAUGAAGCUUCUCAUCAAAGCAGACUCUAAGAGCAGUGGGGAUGAAGUGCUUGCUUUGAACGACUGUCUGCAACUCUCGUACCACCGGAGCUUCAGGCAUCACCUGUUACUGCUCUAUUCCAAAGAGAUUCUCAUCUUAGACAUGGAAAUUCACCAGACAGUUGGCAUUGUUGCGCUCGAGCGAAAUGGAUCACCUUUCUUGUGGUGCAACACCUGCUGGCAGCGUGAUGUUCUCAUGUGCCUCCAUGAGUCUGGCUCGGUGAGCGUACGCGUUCGGCAUCGGGACCAAAGUGUGCCAUUCUCUGUAGACGGGGACAACACCGAGUUGUUCUAUGAAGUUAGCUACGAUGUUCGUUGUAUCUCCGAGAGCUUACGGCCCACGAGACAUUCCAGAGUUUUUGGAAUGGCUGUCUGUCAGAAAACUGAGCGCAAGGUGGCUCUGCUUAUUAGCGAUGGCCGCGUAGUCUUUCUUGAACUCUCUUUGACAGCACAGAAACCUCAGGGUCCAGGUGUAGCAGCCUCUCCAAUAAUGACACCGGGAUUGAAUGCAGGGUUUUUUGGUGAUUUUUCUCUGAACGCUGAAACGUUGCCAAAGGGAGAUACAAGAAAGAGAAGCACACUAGCAGACAUGAUCGGUCCUGUAUUGUAUAGUGGGGGCAAGGGAAGAGGAACUUGCCUUAAGUUUUGUACUGUGGGACUACUGACAGCACUCUCGCCAGGACCGCACUUGACUCGCAUGUGCCCGCCAGUGACCAUCGGAAACUGGACAUCGUAUCGGCCCCUUCUAGCAGUAGGGAACACGUUUGGUGGUGUGCAGCUGUUUGACCUGUCCACCGGUGUAAUGGAAAAAGAGCUGAACCUACAUGCCACUCCUGUGAGGGGCAUAGAAUGGGUCAGCCUGACUUCCUUUCUGACCUUUGCGUAUGCAAACCUUGUAAGUGUUGGAGGAAAAGUGAAAAAUGAUAUACUUUUCACCGAUGUAACGUCCGGAAGAAUCCAAUCUUUUCGUACCGACAACAAUGAGGAGUCUCCAAUUUCCUUUCUAAAGGUAUCCUACUUAAAGCAGUAUCUCGCAAUCAUGUUCAAAGAUCAGCCAUUCGAGCUAUGGGAUCUUAAGAGCUUUACCCUGUUGCGGACAAUGCCGAAAAAUUUUCCAUCUGUCACAGCUAUUGAAUGGUCACCUCUGGUAACUAGCAAGAGGCAUGCGUACUCACAGGACAAGAACAAAAAGAAGGACCUGGAGCCCAUCUUUACAGAUACGACUCCCCUGGGAGAGAACCUUGAGGACCUGUUAAACAACCGUACUGCGACCCUUCUGCGUGAAUAUCUGGUGUUCACGGACACAGAUGGACAACUGUACUACUUCACCGUCGAAGGUAGCGUCGUCAGAGACUGCACACAUAUACCACCAGAGGCUGGGAUGGCAAGCAUAACAAGCAUUGCCUGGAAAGGAGAUCACAUUGUCCUUGGAGAUGCUGAUGGAAACCUGACACUUUGGGACCUCAAAGGAAAAAUGCUCAAAACUAUACCAACGCAGCGUGGCUGGAUUAAGCGAACAAAAUUUGGCCCUGGAAAGGGCAACAUGAAAAUCCUUGUGCUGUUUGCAGACAGCCUCGACGUUUGGGACGUAAAAGACGCAACCCCAUAUGCACAAGUAAAAGCUCCACAAGACAUUCCAAAAGUUCACGACGCUGACUGGGCCAAAUCAGAUAAGCUGGUCAUUUCCACAUCUGAUGGGUGUGUUAGGAUUAUGGACAUGGAGCUGAAGGCCUGUUCCUCAUCCCUGGUUCAGCUCCAGGAAGGCUGUGCUCCCUUCAUUCCUAACAUGCUCUCCCCAAAGGCGACUUUAAACUUGAAAUCCCUCCUGCAACACACAAGCAAUGCUGAUGUGGCUACGUUAACCACCAAAGCUAAGGGACUCUUUUCUCCUGAUGAGUCUUGCCUCGUGGAAGCUAUUUUGGACCCUUCCAAUGAAAGCAGUCUGGAAUGCAUCAGUGCAGUUCACUAUGGUGUAGCAGAACGCAGUCUCCACAUAGCUAGGAUGUUUGCUGACGAAGAAGGGUUUCGAUUUUGGAACAUUGCUCUUCAUUAUUUAAGCUUCACCAAACAGAAGCUUUGCAGAAAGAUGGCAAACGAAGCGGAAGAGUUGCAGGACUACAAUUGUUGCAUGUUUCAGCUAGAUACAAACUACGAUUUGUUCUGCAACAAUGCUGCAUAUAAGACACUGCAGUUGGAGAGGACAUUGCUUCAUGAGAGCAAGCGCUCAAGUCAUAGCCACACAGAAAGGUGUGCAAAUACGUUCCUGUUACUCGGCCAGCCUGACCGUGCUGUACAACUCCUCCUCGAGACAGAAACUGAGAAUGAACACUUUUACACGGACUCACUGAGGGCUUGCCUUAUUGCAUCACUGAAAACUGAGAGCAAGGCACAGUCAGUAGUAAAACUUGUUGCCACAAAUCUGAUAGCUAGCGGCCGAAUAUCAGAAGGUGUCCAGCUGCUCUGCCUUAUUGGAAAAGGGCUUGACGCUUGCCGCUAUCUCCAGUUAGCAGGACAAUGGGAACGCUCAAUUUGGCUUGCAAAGUCAACAUUAUCAUAUGAAGAAUCACAAGAAGUUAUCCGAAAGUGGGCAGACUAUCUCGCAUUGCCACAUGUAAAUCAAAAGACAAAGGCAGCUCUUGCACUGUUGACAAUUGAACAUUAUACAAAGUGCCUUGAGCUACUGCAUUCGUCACGCAUGGUUGAGAGGGCAGCACAUUUGCUCGAGGCAUGCCUUGAGUUCGGAGUAGUAGAUGCUGACAACAGCAACGAUUUGUUUUCGAAAAUAUGGCUCAAUUAUGCCAGGUAUUUGCACUCCAUUGGCAACAGACCUCAAGCUCUCCACUACUGUGAGCUAGCAGGGGACUCUGCAAACGAUUUAAGAAGGGAAAUAGAAAUGCUCCAAGAAGAUGUGUCAUAAUUUGUAAGAAAAAGAAAGAGUUUGUUCCCUACAGCCCAUGGGUAAUAAUAAGAGAUACUUUCCGCGUCAGACUGUUUAACAGAAUAGUAUCUGCUUUACCUAUUCAUAAAUUUAAAACUAUAUUAAGAUAUUUUUGAACACUUCGAAGCUUCCAAACACUGUAAAAAAUAUGUACAAUUAUACAUACAGGGUUCAUUUUUGCCCAAAGUGUAGUAAUGUUGUGGGUUUCUGCACUGUAACAGGUGCAGAAACGAACAGGAGUUGUAAACACUCUUGCCAUUUACACAUUGGCCUAUUUGGUCAUAGUUUGUAAAAGCAGCCUGUUUUAUCCAGUGAUACUUCUUAUUACAAUGUGUCUAAACACAUUCCAUGUGUUUAUUGGUUUGUAGUGAUAACGUAGUGGUGAUUUCUGAAUGAUGUAUUUUGCAGAAAAUAAAUCUAAACAACAGAGCA